AUGGAGCACAGGACCGCGGGGAAGACGUCGGUGGAGAUGAAGUUUCCCCGCGCCUGGGACCGCAUUCUUCGACGGAGCACCACAGAUCAGUACCACUACCCACACCCCCCGUUUUGGGUUACUCCCUACCAGUUUCCACAAAAACAAAAAACUAUGAAUAAAGUAUGGCUGGAGAGGCUUGGGGCUAAAGUACCGAUAUAA